AGCUCGGUGUCUAGGGAGAGGGAGCAAUUCUGGCCUGGAGCCGGCCCCGGGGGAGGGCGUGACUGCAGUUACAGCGGUGAGACUGGCAGGCUGGUUCCCAGUUCACAAAGCAGCGAUUUAAUCAAGGCAAGAAGGCUGCGCGCGGGGUGGGGGUGGAGGAGCUGGAGGUGGCUCCCAGUGCAAGCAGGUGUAGGGUGCAAGACUGCUGGAAAUGGAAGGUUCCCUAGAGGGGGACGCGCACUGCGCCCAGUCUCCAUGGUAACGCCAGGGCGCCAACACUGUGGGCUCUAGCCAAAGGGGCUCCGGACUGCUGCCGGAAGUGACGCGUUCACCUGCCGAGCUGGGGCGGGGCGCAGAGGUGCCUUCGCUGCUGCCACCGCCGGGAGCUAGUCGGGAGUGUACCGGGCUCUGGAAAAACCGAGGUCCCCGCCUAAGAGCGUUCACCUGCCAGCUACGACCGGGCCGCCUCCAUGGCGCUCCUACUGUGCUUCGUGCUCCUGUGCGGGGUUGCGGAUGUCACCAGAGGUUUGCGCAUCACUACUCCUGACCAGAGUAUCGAGAAAGCGAAAGGGGAAACUGCUUAUCUACCAUGCCAGUUCACACUGGAUACCGGAGACGAUGGACCACUGGACAUCGAGUGGCUGCUGUCCCCCUCUGAUAACCAGAAGGUGGAUCAAGUGAUUAUUUUGUAUUCUGGAGACAAAAUUUAUGAUAACUACUAUCCGGAUCUGAAAGGACGAGUACAUUUUACGAACAGUGAUGUCCAGUCUGGUGACGCGUCUAUAAAUGUAACGAAUCUGCAGUUAUCAGAUAUUGGCACCUACCAGUGCAAAGUGAAGAAAGCUCCUGGGGUGGCGAAUAAGAAAAUCCUGCUGACAGUUCUUGUUAAGCCUUCAGGUACAAGAUGUUUCGUGGAUGGAUCGGAAGAGAUUGGAAAUGACUUCAAACUAAAAUGUGAACCAAAAGAAGGUUCCCUUCCACUGCGGUAUGAAUGGCAAAAAUUGUCAGACUCCCAGAAAAUGCCUACUCCGUGGUUAGCAGAAAUGACUUCACCUGUUAUAUCUGUGAAAAAUGCCAGUUCUGAGUAUUCUGGGACAUACAGUUGCACAGUCCAAAACAGAGUGGGCUCUGACCAGUGUAUGCUACGUCUGGACGUUGUCCCUCCUUCAAAUCGAGCCGGCACGAUUGCAGGGGCUAUCAUAGGAACGCUGCUUGCUCUCGUGUUCAUCGGGGCCAUCCUCUUUUGCUGUCACAGAAAGCGCAGAGAAGAGAAGUAUGAAAAGGAAGUUCAUCAUGAUAUCAGGGAAGAUGUGCCGCCUCCAAAGAGUCGGACAUCCACUGCCAGGAGCUACAUUGGCAGCAACCACUCCUCUGGGUCCAUGUCCCCUUCCAACAUGGAAGGGUAUUCCAAGACUCAGUACAACCAAGUCCCCAGUGAAGACUUUGAACGCGCUCCUCAGAGUCCAACUCUGGCACCCGCUAAGUUCAAGUACACUUACCAGACCGAUGGGAUUACAGUGGUAUAAAUACGAAGGACUACUGAAGAAUCUGCAGUACCAUACCUUUUUACUUUAGAACUCGAGUAAAGACUAAUGCUUUUGGGGGAAAAGCACAACACAUUCCCCCACCUUGUGUUUAGUUUUUGAGAUUAGGUCUUAUCUCGCCCAGGCUGGCAUCAAAUUUGAUGUGUAGCUAAAUAAGCCCUGACGUCCUGCUCCUUCUGCCUCAACCUCUCAAAUUGUGGGAUUACAGGUGCUUGCCACCAUACCUAGUUUACACAGUGGUUAAGAAUGGCUACCAGAACAUUUCUGCUUUCUCUAAUGGUAUAAGGCAUGUAAGUCAGAUGUCCUAUAAAGUUAUUAUGGGCCAAAAUCCUGGUGACAAAGGUCCCAUGUAUUUGACUUUGAUAGUUAUUUUAUUAUAUUUAUAUUUUCAACUAGCUACUGCCAGUAAAUAUAGUUUUUUUACAUGUAUAUUUUGAUAUGUGGCCUUUGGGGAACAUAUGUUCAAUAAAAAUUGUUUUUUUAAAGAAACAUUUUAGAUUAUUUUCUUUCCUAAGUAUCUCUUCUGCCUUCUCCUUUUCUUAUGUACAGAACAAAACCACACAUUGUCAUGCCUCAAACUACUUUUUAUUUGCAACUACAUGAUUUCACGCAAUUCUUCUAAAUAAUGACAUAAAAUAGAUUUCCUGUGUAUAAAUAACUUACAUACUCUCCAUAAAGUAAAUGCUCAAAGGUGCUAGAACACAUCGCCCACUCCUACAGUGUUUUUGUAUC